AUGUCGGCGAAGACGGUCAUCGUCACUGGUGCAAAUACAGAAAUGACAGAUGAUGGAUUUGAAAAACAGUUUCAGGUGAAUUAUUUGAGCCAUCUUCUGUUGACGCUACAAUUACUGCCACUUUUGAAAUCAUCGGGACCCGGAAGUAGAAUUAUCAACGUAUCGUCGGUGGCGCACUCCAGCGGAGCAUUACAAAUGGAGAAUAUUCAAGCACAACUAUCCUACGAUAGGAUUAAAUUUUAUGGGAACUCAAAACUAUAUCAGAUUAUGUCGAUGGUUUGUCUCCAACGAAGACUGGAAGGUUCGGGGGUCACAGUGACAUCAUUAAAUCCAGGUGGCGUUAACACAACAGUCAACGACAGUUUUGGAGACCAUUGGUUGAGGCACGUUUGGAGUAUUUUAAAACGCUUUGGCAUGUUAAUAGACGUAGAGAAAGGCGCUGCAACAUCAAUAGACCUGGCAGUGAAUCCCGAAUACAAUGACGUCACUGGAGUAUACUUUUCUGAGUGCAAGAAGAAAACACCAACUUCAUUAUCCAGGAAUGCUGAAAAGCAAGAGAUCCUUUGGAAAUACAGUCUGGAGUGUAUCGGGGAUUAUCUGGACGAUGAUAUACUACAAAGUGCUGCUUAA